GUCAGAAUCAGAAACGAAGGCGAAAAUUCCGACUCUCAGAGGCGCAGACGGACGGACGUUUAUAACUUCGUUUCAUAAUCAAUAAUUUCUCUUGCUGAAAGCAGCACAACACGAAACGAAAACACAAAGCUUUUUCCAUCACAAAGUACAGCAUUUCAAACUAUUUUCGGUCGUAAAACGAAAAGGGAGCUAAAUCAAAUGUAAAAGUUUGUCAAAACAUACAAACGACAAUUGUUCGUGUGUGUGCGCGAGCCCGAGCCCGAGAUCUUGAGGAAUUAGGAAGUGAACAACAUUGGGGCCAGAGCAGCGACUGCAAAAACCGAAACGGAAUCACAAGAUCACACACAACCAGUAGAAAGUUUGUUCGUUUUGGGGUCAGGUCACAAUUAUGGACGACACUGCCGCCUCGCCCGCAGCGGCCACAGCAGCUGGCUGUGAUGCUGCUCGUGACAAGACAACAAACGCUGGCGUAGCCGUUGCCGCCGCCGCAGCGGCCAGCAGCACCAGUGUGAGGCUUCUAAUUAAGUCGUCCAAUCAACAGUAUGACGACAUGAAUGUCGACAGUGAUCUCUCCUGGACGGUGCAGCGCCUGAAGAAGCAACUGUCCCUGGUGUAUCCUGGCAAACCGGACAUCAACGAUCAAAAGCUCAUUUACUCUGGCAAACUGCUGGACGAUGCCCAGAAGCUGUCGGAGGUUAUACGCAGCUACAAAGACGUCUACCAGCAGCAUCACAUCUUUCACCUGGUCUGUGCCAACAAGCACUUUGCCAAGCCCCCGGCCAUGCCCACGGCCGUGCCCAAGAACGCAACAGCUCCGCGCCAGGAGGCCAACGCCAACGAGCUUCGUCAGCGACAUGCCACAAAUCAGCAGCAGCCGCCACUGCAACUGCCCCAACAGCAGGCCAGUGCAGACAGUUUCCUGCAAGGUGACGAAAAUCUCGCAUUUAGAACCUGGUAUACUCUCUGGCUGCGGCAGCAACAGACGGCCAUCCAUCCGGAUCCGCAUGUGGCCUACCAGCAGCAGGUCCUCAUCUACAAUGCCUGGAUGAGUCAGGUCUAUGACAGAUACUUGCAGGAUCUGAUGCGUGGAGCGGAGUCACCGCCUGGGAAUAGAGUACCAAUGCUGCCGAAUCUGCUGCCACAAUGGGAACUGGAGGCCAGGCAGCGAGUCGCCGCCGCAUCUGUACUUGCAGCUGGAGUCCAACUGAAUCAGGCGCCUGCCGCACAGCCGGCAGCAGCGCCGGCACCAGCCAACAGACCAAACUUUCCCCACAUCCAGGAGGAGCCCGAGAACCGAGACUGGCUCGACAGUUUCUUUAGCUUCACGCGCCUGGCCAUUUUCGUGACUGUCUUGUACUUCAAUUCGUCGCCGCUGCGUUGCCUCCUGGUGAUGUUCAUUGCCGGUGUGAUUUACCUAUAUCAUAUUGGUGUCCUGCGACGUCGUCGUGAGCGUAACAAUAACAAUAUCAAUCGCAACAAUAAUGCUGGCAAUGCUGCUGCUGCCUUUGCUGCAGUGCAGCAGAUUCAACGCAUGAUGGAUGCCGUGGAGCGUGAGAACAACGAUCCUCAGGCUGCGGUCGAGCCAGUGGCCGCUGGUCAGGAUGCACCCGAUGCUCCUGUCGCCGCUGCUGCUGCUGCUGCUGCAGCGGCUGAUGCUGCUCCCGCUGAUCCAGCUGCAGCUGCUCAUGCCGCUGCUCCUGCCGCAGUACCGGCCAGUGCUGCUGGACCUGAAGAGGCGGCUGCCGUUUCAGCCGAAGCCGCUGCCGUGGAACCACCAAAUGCCAAUAACUCUGUGAUUUCCGUUGUGCGCACCUUUGUCAUUACGUUCUUCACCUCGCUGCUGCCCGAGGCACCGGCGCUGUAGAGGAAUCUGUAAAUCUACUAUUACCAUUCGCGGGCGCAGCCGCUUUCAGCCACCCCACCCCACCCCAGCCCACGCCCACGCCCCAACCUUCCCCCCCCCAACGUCAUAAUCAAAAUGUUAUAACUUCUUCCUUUGGCUUUUGGACUACCCGUCGGAAGAGGGUAGCCAAAGCAAACUUUGUUUUUCUAGCUGUAAGGAUUAAGUAUAUAUUUAUUAAAUUUCUUUGCGUGCGCGCUCCAUGGCUGCUGCACGCUGCCUACCCAACGCCCCGCCCCGCCCCGCCCCCUUGUAGCCCUUAGACAUUAGCUAAUUAAGAGAAAAAAAAUAUACUGUUUUUGAUGUGAAUACGACAAGUACGAAAAGGAGAGCUGAUCUGCUCUGGACGAGUGAGUGCCAGAGACGAAACUAUGAAACCAAGAUGCAAUUACAAAUAAAAAAUUAUGCUUUAACACUGAAA